UCAGGAAAGCUACUGCUUGAAGGUGACUCAGAAGAAGACAUUUCAGAUUCUCAAAAAGGUGAUCCUUUUAUUCCUGAUGAACCAGACCCUGCAAAAUGUAAUGCGCUGAAGAGUUCACUUUGGGAACUGAAAACUCUCCAAAGCCAUUAUUAUCCAGGAGUUUCAUCACUUGUGGAAAUGCUUCAGAAGCCACUCGGUACCAUGGAAACAGACAUCUCACAGUAUUUUGAUGAGGAUUAUGAUCAACUGUUCCAGAAGCAAUGCAGAAAGAUUACAGCGGAAAAUGCAGUUUUGGAGUUUCAAGUUCCUAAGGGAUUAUUUAGUAAGGGCAUGUUAGAGAGCUGGGUCUUGAAGUAA